AUGUACUGUUUUAACAAUCCGGGAUCCUUCAGCUGUGAGUGCCGAAAAAACUACAUUGGUGAUGGGAUAUCAUGUGAGCCCGUUGGAGAUUUCUCAGUGACCAUUAGAAACAUUUCAAAAGACAAGUAUCAGGCCACACCUGUGCAACGCUCGGUCAAAAGUGUCCGCGAAGCCCUGAUACAGGGUCUAAAUAAAGAUUUAACUGUACUGACAAGUACCUUUGAAUGGAGUGUGGUUAGCGAAAUGGAGUUAGCUGCCUCGGAGUCAGCAUUAGGAACUAUAGUUAGUCAAGGGACAACGGAGUGGACGAUAAACAAACGAUCCAUACCUGCUGGUAUCUAUCAAGUUAAAUUCAAUGCGACGCUUGCAGUCGGAGAUCCAGCAUCCCCAAAAAUUCUCAACGCCUUUGAUUAUGGCUUCAUCGAGGUUAUUGCGGCUCCCUUGCGAGCCAUUCUUGAUGGAGGAAGCAGUGUACGGUGGGGAUCCAAGGAAAACGUCACUGUGAGUGGCUCUUUAAGUUACGACGCAGACAUUGGCCCUGGAAUGCAUACCGGACUCAAUUUCAGUUGGUCUUGUCGGAGUGACACUUCUGUAAGCAACACUUGUUUCGGUUCUUUUCAAAACGAAGGAGACUUAAACCCUACAAUCAUUACUAUUGAUCCAAGUAAACUUCAGAUCGAGAAGACCUUCUUUUUACGGCUGAAUGUGUCCAAGGAUGUGAGAACUUCCUUUACCGAAAUGUCCUUUAUGAUAGCUGCAGGAGAGGUACCACAGGUGACCCUCAGAUGUUAUAUAGAUUGUGGCGCAAUAGUGUCUGCCUCAAACAAGCUGCGGGUGACAUCAGAGUGUCUUAAUUCUCCUUGUAAUGGAUCUGUCUACGAAUGGCGUCUGUCCAUGCUAAAGGGUUCAGACAGUUGGGAAAAUAUACCUAUUUUACCCAAUAUGACUUCAACAGCUGUAAAUUCUACCAAUAUGAUAAUCAAUAAAAAUUCAUUACAAUCCAAAUCGAAGUAUAAUCUAACAUUACUGGUAGCAUCUUUGAAAGGAGCAUACGGGUUUUCUGUACUCCUCUUUGAAACCGCUGGAGAGCCGGAAAAUGGUUACUGCGCACCAUCGUUCUCUGAAGGCGUCUCACUGGAGACUGAGUUUACUUUUAAAUGCUUCGAUUGGCAGGAUACUUACUUGCCACUGACAUAUGAAUUUGCACUUGGAGAGGAGCCUAUGUCCUAUGGCACGUCGCCCUCUUCUGUGUCGACAGUGUUACCUGCAGGAUCGCCGAACGAAGAUUUCCACCAACAAGUCACUAUUGUCAUUAAGAAUGCGGUUGGAGUAUCCGUUGUAGAGAAAUUACUUAUCAAGGUGAGGCCAUCAUCUGGCCUUGAUCCAUGUGCUUCAUCACCAGAGGAAGUUGCAAUCAAGUUAAAAAGUUUUAUAGUCGGGGAAGGUAACAAGCUGGAUGAAUUUCUCAACAAGGGUGAACUCAGCCGAGCUGUUCAACUUGGUAUAUCUGUUUUCAAGUCUGCAAAUGAAAAAAACGAAUGUGGACAAGAAUUGGACCCUAAGGACAAAACGUUGAUUUCCAACACAUUGAUAUCAAAGUUUACAGCUAUAACACCAGAGAAUCUUGAAAUGUCUCGCUUGGUUAUGUCAGUAGUAAGCUUGGCCAUGGGACUGGAGGCUGAACAAAAAUGCGAGAGCUGCAGUGACGGUGGCGGUAACAGCAACAAUAACAAUAUGGAAUUAACGAUGCAAUUGACUGAUAGUACAGCAAAUAUGAUGAUUUCCACCCUUAACGAUCCGGAGGAGCCUUUCACACCGGAAUUAGAAAAAACAGCUUCAAGUGUUACAGGUUGCCUCACAAAUGUUCUCAAGUCCGCUGCGGGCUCGAGUCAGGACGACAUAGUCUCGGCAGUAACCCCACCCUCUCCAGAGUUCGUGAAAAAGGCCUCCGAAAAACUGAGCAAGAUGACUGAUGCAUUUUUUGGCCGCUUGGUUCCAUCAGAAGAUCUGCUCUUUAAAACUCCAAACUUGGCAAUAUCGCUGAAAAAGGUCACAGCUAAUGAUGCAAAAGGACUCAGCAUGGGAGAUGGACCAAGUAAAUUCAAGCUCCCGAGCAGCCUUGGGAAUAUAGGUGGUGGAGAGAUAAAUGCAAAGAUGCAAGCUGUUGAUUUUAACCCUUUCACUUGGGACAAUAGCAGCAAGAAAAUCAAAUCACACGUCACGACUCUUGAGCUUAAAAGUAAAAGCGCGGAAAAGAUAAAUGUAUCAAAUCUUGACAAUGACAUUGAGAUCUUGAUUCCCAUCUCCAGUCCACCUCAGAACUCAACCAACGGGACGCAGCUUAGUUUUCUCAAGCCAAAUCAGAUUUCAGUUCGAAGUUAUUACGCAGAAUUAGCCAAUGUUCCUGUAUCUCUUAAGUUGAGUAUGGCCAAAGCGGGAAUACAAAUCAAUCUGUUCAUAAAAUUUGGAAAAAGACCAACGAUAAAUGACUUUGACCACAAUUUUACAAUGGUGUUUACAUCUACAUGUGACAACCAAACAGAUGCUAAUGCAACCUGCUUUAUAAGGGAUAGCUCGGUUACAGUGAUGCCUUCUAAGCCAGGUUUCGUCUACGCGGGCUUAUUGUCUAAAAGCCCUAAGAAUGAAAGUCAACAUUCUAGGCAAAGAAGAUCCUGUUUUGGUAAUCGUCGAAAACGACGGUCAUGUGUGGGCGUUAAAGAUCCACCGCCAAAAGGAUCUCUUAGCACUGUGAUUCCGAAAUAUGAUCCAAACACAGACAUUAACUACACUUUGACCAUCACCCAGUCGAGUUGUUUGUAUUGGUCAGAGAACACAGAAAAGUGGACUGCGGAAGGUUGCCGGGUAAGCCAAGACUCGAACACCACCCAUCUUAAAUGUCUCUGCAAUCAUUUAACAUCUUUUGGUGGAAACUUCAUCCAAGCACCAAACCCAAUUGACUUCGACAAAGUUUUUACAGAGUUUUCAAACCUUGCUGAAAGUGGCAAUAUUUCAGUACUUGUUACAAUUGCCUGUUUUUUCCUUCUGUACUUCGUUGUCUUAAUCCUUGCAAGGAGGGCCGACAAGAGAGAUGUAGACAAGAUUUGCUCUCCUAAAUUGAUACCGCUCGUGAAGGAAGGAGCCUAUUAUUACGAUAUGGUUAUAAGCACGGGCGUUUGGAAACAUUCAGCAACAACAGCUAACAUAACCAUCAGUAUCAAGGGCGAAAAUUAUGGGCAUAGUCAAAUUCCAUUGAGAGAGAAAGGGGAGACGAGUGAGCUUUUCGGACGAGGGAGUAUCAACGGCUUUGUUCUCGUGAUGAAAGAAUCCAUUGGCCCUUUAAAAGAAAUUACUUUGGAUCACGAUAAUUCGGGUAACAAUCCGUCUUGGUUUGUGGAAACCGUAGUUAUCCAAGAUCGUCAGACCGAAGAAAGAUGGGUUUUCCCCAUCAAUAGAUGGCUUGCGUUGGAAAAAGAUGACGGCCAAAUAGAGGUAACUGUGGACAGCAAAUCUUACUCUGCCUUCUCAGCUCAGGUUCGCUCGCGCUUGGCCAGAAAACUUGCCGACAGUCACUUGUGGAUGUCAGUGUUUGGGAAAGCAUGUAGCAGUACCUUUACACGUGUGCAAAGAGCUUCAUGCUGCCUUUCAGUUCUGUUUAGUGCCAUGAUAGCAAAUGCCAUGUUCUAUAACAUUGGUGGCGAAUCUGAUGGUGCUAUACAGGUUGGGCCUUUUAAGUUUUCUUGGAGACAGAUAGUCAUCGGAGUACAAAGUGGCAUUAUCAUUGCACCAGUAAACAUAAUAAUUGCCUUCUUGUUUAAGUCUAGCAGACCGAGGAAGAAAAGGAGUGAGAAAUACCAAGUUACAGACGAGGCCCAGCGACUUUUGGAUGAAAUAACGGACACUGGUUGUAUGCUUCCUCAUUUCUUUGUUUAUUUGAGCUGGUUUCUCUGCUUCUGUACGACAAUGGCAGCAGCAACGUUUACGCUGUUUUACAGUUUAAUGUGGGGAAAGGAAACCUCUGAACAGUGGCUUGCUUCUAUUCUCAUUUCCAACGGACAAGAUAUUUUCGUUGUACAGCCCACGAAGGUUAUGAUAGCAGUCAUGGUUAUUUCCUUUCUCUUCACAAAAAAGAACAGAGGCAAAUGGGAAGAAGAAGAAGAAGAAGAGACCACUAUCGAUUCACUCGCAAUUGAGAUAGAUUUUUUGGGCGAUGAUCCCAAACAGCGCUAUAAGAAAUAUCAGCAGGAAAAGAUGAGGGAGAGAUCAAAAAAGGAAGCUCAGUUAACAAGCAUGACAAGAGAAAUUGUUCUGCAUUUGAUAUUUGUGUUUCUUCUGGCUAUCGUAUCUUAUGGGAACAAGAAUGGAAAUCGUUUUCUGAUGACGACCGAGAUGAGAAAUCGAUUUACUAACUUUAAUCUGGUAGAGGAUGCGCACGGUUUAGGAGCAUGGUUAAAGAGCGAAUUCAUAUUAAACAUCUAUAACCAGGCGUGGUACAACGGACUUGAAGAGAAAAACGAUGUGUACAUCGGGAACAAGAUGUCGAUAUUGGUGGGAAUGCCCUGGUUGCGACAGCUCAGAAUUAAAAAAAGUUCCUGCAGUUUACUCUCGAGAAUUAUAGCAGAAUGUUAUUACGACUAUUCUCCAGAAAAUGAGGACACGACUUUGCUAAGCCUUCCAGGUUGGAUACCUCUCUCCCUCAAUACUUCGUGGCCUGAUGCUCUCCAAAUUUGCCCUAAGCCUUGGCGAUAUCAAUCAGCAGCAGAACUUCGCAACGAUCCCAUUCUUGCGUCGUACAACUCUUAUGAAGGGGGUGGUUAUGCAGCAGUCAUGGGAUACGAUGAAAGCACUGCACAAGGCGUCCUCGACGAGACUAUUACUAAUGGAUGGCUUGAUCGCCAAACUCGAGCUGUAAUUCUAGAGUUUGCUGUUUUCAAUGUCAAUACAAACUUGAUUAGCGUUGCCACAUACUUUUACGAGGCCUUAGCUACUGGUGCAGCCUACACUACAAGGAGAAUUGAAACACUGGAGUUGUACAGCACUGAGUCAGGAGCUCUGAUGUUUUUCUUAAUUGGCCAGUUUCUGUUCAUGGCAAUGGUCCUCUUUUACCUCAUAGUUAUGUUGGUUCACCUUUAUCAACAACGCCUAGGUUUCUUCAAGUCUGUUUGGAACAUGGUGGAUUUCUUCAUGAUAAUUUUCUGUGUAGCCUCUGUAGCAUUUUACAUGAUAAGAGCUAAAAGCGUUUUGAACACUAUCAAAUCUAUUCAAGCCAAUCCAUAUGAAAUCGUGCAUUUCCACACAGCCUUGGAUUGGCUUAACCUUGAAAAUGCGUCUAUUGCUGUCGCUGUUUUCAUGGUGACAGUCAAGCUUCUGAAUCUAAUUCGUUUUAACCCACAUGUAAUAUACUUGUUUUCGUCUUUUCGGCAAUCUAUAGGCUGUCAACUCUCGUAUGUGCUCCUUUUUAUGAUCGUGUUUAAUGCAUUUGUUGUAACAGGUAUGAUAUUUUUCGGUGGUAUGGUAUUAGAGUAUUCUAGUUACCUCAAUGCAGUCAUGUCGCAAUUCGAAUUCCUGUUAGGAAAAGCAAUCCCAAUGGACGCUCUUCGAAGGGACAAACCCUUCAUUGGUCCGACGUUUGCGUUUUUGUUUUGUAUAUUCACAAGUAUAUUUCUUAUGAAUAUUCUGAUUUCUAUCCUUAACGAAUCAUACGGUGACGCAAAAUCAAACGCAGAGGAAAAUGCAAAAGAGCUUGAAAUGGCACGUUUUAUUGAGGAGCGUUUAAUGGAAAAUUUCCACGAGGGAAUUAAUCGGACUGAGUUUAAGUUGUUUUGCGAUGAGGCAAUAUUCGCCAACAUGUGCCUUUCUGAAGCAGAACCAUUCUGUUUGAAUUCUGGAUGUAUUAUCCAAUGUACAGAGGAACGAAUGCUAAAAGUGGAAAAGAGACUUAUUGUUCUCACUCAACGAACAGAAUACAUGGAGGCUGAUUAUUUGAAAGAGGAAAAUGACUUUACUGACCUCUUGUUAUUAAUGAUAAAUCCUUCGGUUCUACGAGAAGAAGUGGAGUCUCAUCUUCAGGAUUUCAUGAAAAUCCAUCUUGAUCUGGCUUGUGUGAAGUUAAGUGAUACAGAAGAUGAGUUGAAGAAAACUCAAGAUAAGUUAAAUGACACACAGGAAACUACAAAAACUUUAACAAUGAAGCUUAAGACACUUCAGGGACGGUUUGAAACAAACAUGGUGAUGACAAAAAACGAAUCUUCUAUUUUUCCCAAGAGGUUUGUUUGGAAAGUUAGUGACUUUAGCAACAUUUUGAGUCAAGCUAAAGCUUCAGAAAGAGAGCGAAUUGAGAGUGAUCCAUUCUACACCGAAAACUAUGGCUACAAGCUAAAAUUAAGAAUUUACCCCAAUGGUGCUGGAGCUGCUAAGAACAAUAACCUAUCAGCUUUCUUUGUUGUAAUGAAAGGUGAAUACGAUGCGAUUCUAAACUGGCCUUUUAAGAAGAGGGUUAGAUUCACACUGAUUGAUCAACAGGAUGAACCACGCAAACGAAGAAACAUUACUAAGGUGAUAAAAAAAUCGGACGCCAAAAGUGACUUAGAAAGGCCCACAGUUGAAAAUGAGGGUCGGGGGCGUCGCAAUUUUAUAUCUCACAAGACACUUUAUUCAAGGAGAUACCUUGUAGAAGACACGCUGUUUAUUCAGUUUGAAAUUGGUUCGGCUCAAAAGGUGACUUUUCCUUCUUAUACAGAGAGUGAUGAAUCUGAUUGA